AUGCCAGCGCAACCCAAUUCGCAAGGCAGAGCUAUCUUCGACACUGAAGAGCUUCGAGCUAUCCAAGAAGCCUGCUCGGAAGUCGACUCUACCCACCAAAACGCCCAAGCAGCUGCCGGCACAGUGAGCCACUUCUUCUCACUUAGCGGGAAAGACCAAGCGGCAUGGUACACCUUCUUCAUUCAUCGUGUCAACAACGAAUAUGGCAAGCUUCAAGACGGGGCCAAGUGGCUGCUGGAGAAGAAAUCGUACCUGAAGGAAAAGGACAACCUAAGUCAGAUGAUAACGCUCACGGUGGAGAAGAUCCACGAGGCACUGGACAUUGUGGCUCGGGCCAAAGCUGUCACAGACGAGUAUUGGGCUACCCUGUCAAGCGAACAACAGAAGAACAUUCGCCAGAACGCUAUGGGCCCUGACUAUGGCUAG